AUGAAACAAUCCAUUGUGUCUAAGAAUGCUUUUCGUUUUGCAGAACGACUGCAGCUCGACAUUCCGAACUUGUGCACCGAGAAUAAAGCAGUCUUCUCUAAAACAAUGGCCGAACGUCUCAAGGACUAUACUCAAUGUCCGGGCUGUUCGAACAUCUUUAAAGAUCCUCUCAUGCUGCCGUGCGGUCACGACAUCUGCCGUAUAUGCCUGCAGCAUUUGAUUGCCACAGAGGAACGAUUGUGUCAACUCUGUGGGAGAGCGUUUGGAUUGACGGAUCCGCUUCCGAACAUUAGACUCAAGGCGAUAUGUGAGGUCCUUUCCAUUGUCAAGUCAGAAGACGUGUGCAGCUUGCACAAAGAGGAACUCAACUUCUUCUGUUUGGACCACCAGGAGCUUGUGUGCCCCGUAUGCAUCUCUACAGAAAUCCAUGCUGGCCACAAGUUCAAGUCCCUCAAAGUAAUAGUGAAAGGUCAUCAUAAGGAACUCCAGGAAGGCCUGCAGAAGGCAAACGAAAUAUUCAAAGAUGCCUACUUAUGUAAAGAGAACUUACUUGAACAGGCAUUGUACAUCAAAGCCCAGAGGGAGAACGUCGAACUCAAGAUUAGGAAGGAGUUUAAGGGGCUCCGUCUCUUUCUCGACUUCGAGGAGAAGAGCAGGUUGGCUGCGGUCGAGGAGGAAGAGAAGAAGAAGAGUCGAACGAUUAAGGAGCAGUUAGCGGCUCUCGACGAAACAAUCCUCGUUGUCUCGGAUGCCCUCAGCAGCACUGAGGAGCAGCUGAGGUCUGGCGAGGCUUCUUUCAUGAAGAACUUGGAGACUGUGAUGAGCAAAAUCCAGGAGCUGCCUGAAAAGCCGCAGCUGCUGCCAGGAGCUCUGCUGGAUGAAGCCAUACACGUGGGCAACCUCAAGUUCGAGGUGUGGCACCGGAUGAGGUGGAUGUUCGUCUACAGUCCCGUCAUUCUGGACCCCAACACAGCCAAUCCAAAAAUCUGUUUGUCCGAAGAUCUGACCAGUCUGAGUUUAGAAGAAGUAGCGCAGGAGCGUCCAAAGAAUCCAGAGAGGUACCAGGAAUCGCUGUCUGUGCUGGGUGCGGCUUUGGACCCGGGAAGACACGUGUGGUACGUUGAGGUGGGAGACAACAAUGCCUGGAGGGUGGGGGUUGUGUGGGGGCACCCUGGUUUGCCACAGAAAAUGAGUCAUUGUACCAUUGGAUUUCGUGAUGGUCAAUACAAAAAGCCCGGUCACAAAUAUGGAGAAUGGAAUCCGCAUUUAGUAUUGCAGAGGAUCCGAGUUGAAGUGGACACGAUUGAAAGGUCGGUGUCCUUCUUUGAAUUGUUUACAAACACCCAAUUGUGGAGCACUCAGAACCCUACCGAGUGGCCAGACUUGUCCGGUAACGACAAAAUGUUUCCUUACUUUGGCACAGCAGAUGAUGGUCCUCUAAUGAUAAUCGGCAUUCAACCUGGUUUUACGGCCGCCAUUCACGGUCACGAUGACACGGCUUAA